AUGCUAUUCAAUGCUACAAUAGCAACAUUUGAGGAAUACAUCCAUCUCAGCAAUAUCAUUAUCAUCAAGAAUGGUAUAGCCAGGCCUAUAAAUAGGAAAUAUGCAUCGGUGAAUCCGAAUUUUGAGCUUGCUUUUGGACAAAACACAAAAAUUACAGUAUCCGAAAAUAAAAUCAAUAUCGGUACCCUACCAUUUUCAUUCAAGCGAUUCGAAGAGGUGACAAAGACAGAUAAUGAAAAUAUAUUUUUCGAUGUGUUAGGAUUCAUCACUUCAGUGAGACCGUUGUACACAACAAAUACAUCAGUUAGAAGGGAGAUCACAAUAAUGAAUGAAGAGAUGGAUCCAUUGGUAUUAACAUUAUGGGGAGAGCAUAUAGAGAAAGAAGGUCAAAAUAUUUAUUCCUACUUUAAAGCGGAGAUAUCAGCAAUAAUCAAUCCAGAAUCACCUUGUUACACCGCAUGCAAGAGUUUUCAAAGAAAGGUUUUUGUUGAAGACAGCAUAGCUAACUGCAACAAUUGCAAUACUGAAGAUGCGGAAUGGAAAAUAAAGUAA